AGGUAAUCGGGCUGACCAGGGGGCGCUUGUGUCGUUUCUUGUUUCGUUCGUGAUUGCCUUUUUCUGAUCUCGCCGUCAACCACGCCUUACGUCAAGCUGCGUUUAAUUGCGCCUAUUAUUGCUCGACCAACUGCACAGGCACGGUUUUCACAAUGACAGACGCGAUAGACACCGACAAGGCGACGAAAAAGUUGGUUCACGCAGGGAUUCCCAAGGCAGAAUGCCUGGACGAUAUGGAAGAAUUCAUGGCGAGAGAAGAGAACCAAACCAUAGACGCGGCUCUUAAAAACCUUGACGAGCAGCACAGUAAAUACAAGUUCAUGGAGUUAAAUCUACUCCAGAAGAAACAAAGGUUAAAGAGCCAGAUCCCCGAAAUCAAAACGUCGCUGGAGAUCAUCAAACUGCUUAAAUCGAAAAGGGACUCCUCCGAAGACAUGGAGACAAGGUUCGUGCUGUCUGACCAGGUCUACUCCAAGGCUGUCAUACCUCCGACCGAACGAGUCUGCCUCUGGCUUGGCGCAAAUGUGAUGCUGGAGUACUCGCUAGAAGGGGCGGAGGAGCUGCUCUGUAAGAAUUUGCAGACUGCUACGAGGAACUUCACAGAGCUGAAUAGUGACCUGGACUUCCUUAGAGAUCAGAUCACAACCACUGAAGUCAAUAUGGCAAGGCUCCACAACUGGAACGUGAAAAAGGUACAGGCGGAAAAGCUAAUUGCCCAGAUGUCGGCAUGAGUGCCUCGGACAGCAUUGUGCAAGCAGCUUUCUGAUGGCCGACGACUUCUCCAGUGGUGGCGUCGUGGAAGGCACGAACGAAUCCCCCUCACAAGAGUUAACGCGUAGCCAUCGUCUCGUGAAGAGUGUCCAUACACUGUGCUGCGCGUUUGCACUGAAUAAGUUAUUGCCACAUUCGUGAAACCUAACCAAAGGUUUAGAAAAUCGUGAAUAAAAUAAAGGCUUUGUUUCAGCUA